AAAUUUGUUUUAUAUUAUACAUAUAUACCUAAUCAUGGCAAAAUCUAAGGCCAGCACUCCUCCAGUUCUCAAUGAUCUAUUGAUACAAAAUGUGAACACUUGGGGAAACGUCCACUACAACAUUCCUCUGCGACUAUCCAACACUGAAACCAGAACGGGGACGAGUAUUGCUCACCGUUACAUACCUGCUAUACCUCAUAGCUUGGACUGUAAAAUUAAUGAUCCACUGCCCGAGCGAGUGACAGGACGAGACAUGGUGGUAGAAAAGGAAUCAUACAAAACUACCACUGGAGAAUAUUGUGUUAAGCCAAAUCCAAAUAAAGCAAUGGAGAGAUCCGAUUGCGCUAUUAACUGUCGAAGAGUAAUAUUUAUGACUGGAGUUGAAAAAAAGUUACAAAGUAAAACCAUCGUACAACCAGUUAUGCUGUCCGAAAUGAAAGAAAAGUUUAGAGGCGUCUCUGCACCGCCUACUGCACCUCCGGAUAUUACUGUUAAGCCACCAGAUCCUGAAUAUAUUUUUGAUGUAGUUGCAGCUGGACGAAACGAAGCCCCUGUGAUUUUAAAUAGUGACGGUGGAUUUCGUAAACUACUUGAUCCUUACGUAUCAACAUACAGAUCAUGCCACAGGCCAUUUAAAAUAGAUGAGCAGUACGGAAUAGGGGCCAAGGAUCAAAUAACAUUUUAUUCUGAAUUUAAUUUACCUAAGGUUCGUGGUUUUGGUCCAAGGCAUAAAGAAAUAUGGAUGCCCUUGACUGCUAAAGUACACAGAGGUGUAUAUGACAGAAUUCACGUAAAGAAAGAAUACAAAGAAGUGGCAGCUUGUCAUAAUCCUGUUAAUAAUAUAAAAGGAGUUUUCGAAUCAGAAAUGAAAAAGAAGUACAAAGUGCCAUUUGCAUAUUCGUCGCUGGCUUCAUGGGACCACGGGGAAAUGUUCGACUUAGCUCCCUUUCCUCCCAAUCCUUAUCAAACAAAUAUUGCCCCUUUUAUGUAUUGUAGUGAUUACUGUCAUAUAACACAAGGUACAUCACCGUAUACUGUAAUCGAUCAACACAAACAUGACCGAACACCUCAUAAAAAAUGUGUUAGAAAUUUUAUUGUGUCCAGAGAUUUUGUACCGUGAAUUAUUUUUUCAUUAAUAAAAAAAUAUUAUUUUUAAA